AUUUCUUGAAUAUAUACAUAUAUAUGUGCAAAGUAUGAAUUAAUUAGUCACAUUUCCUGUCCUCCCAUAAGCCGGGGGACUAUUUUAAUAGGAUCAAAUAAAACACAUUAAUUAACGAAUCCAGAAAGGGCUAAUUAAGAAACAAUGUUUCGGUUGUUAUUCCUCACCUUUUUGGCCUUCAUCCCCUUUCUCCUCCCUGGCUUUCCCGCCACAGAAGUAACUGAAUUAACCGUCGACCACAACUCGUGGCGGGACUUCCUUAAUUUCGUCGACCUCGGAAAGGGAAGCCAAGUCACAGGCGUGUCUGAGCUCAAGAAAUACUUUCACCGUUUCGGAUACCUCCGGUCGCCGGUGCAGGGGAGUAAUGACCAUCAUAAUAGCUUCACCGAUUUCUUCGACGACCAACUCGAGUCUGCCGUUCUCCGGUAUCAGAAGAACCUCGGGUUGGCCGUGACCGGAAAACUUGACUCUGAUACCAUCAACAAAAUCGUGCAGCCGAGGUGCGGCGACGUCGACGACGGGAUGAGGCACUCAGCGGCGUUGCGUGGCACGAAGAAAUACGCCUACUUUUAUGGCCAUCCGCGGUGGAGGAGACCGCCGGUGGGACUGUUGACUUACGCGUUCUCGCCGGAUAACAUGAUCGAGUAUAUACCCUUAUCGGAGAUAAAGGCGGUGUUUCUGAAGGCCUUCUCGCGGUGGUCGGCGGUGAUCCCAGUGAACUUCACGGAGAUCGACGACUACCCCUCGGCUGACAUCAAGAUUGGGUUUUACCGCGGCGACCAUGGCGACGGAGAGCCGUUCGACGGAGUAUUGGGAAUAUUAGCCCACGCCUUCUCGCCGGAGAACGGGAGGCUUCACCUUGACGCGGCGGAGACGUGGGCCGUUGACUUCGUGAAGCAGCAGUCAAAGUUGGCAGUGGAUUUGGAAUCUGUGGCCACGCACGAGAUUGGUCACAUUCUUGGGCUGGCCCACUCAUCGGUCAAAGAUUCAAUAAUGUACCCAAGUUUGAGCCCAAGAACCAAGAAGGUGGAUCUCCGGGUUGAUGACGUGGCAGGGAUCCAAGCUUUAUACGGGUCGAAUCCGAAUUUCAGGUAUAGUUCGUUGUUGUGGUCGGAUAUUUCUUCCGGUUCGUGUAUUAAGCUUGGAAGGAGAUCAUCAAAAUGGACCGCUUUAUUCGUCAUGCUAUUUUUCCUUUUGUAAAGUUUACAUUCAGCUUGUGAUUGUUUAGAUUUAAUUUAUUUUGUUUUAAGCAACUUUGUAAAUAUUAUAAUUGUACAGACCUGUAAAAAUGAGAGAGAUAUGAAAUAGAUUUUAUAGAAAAAUUUUAUGUUUCAUAUAUACACAUACCUUAAGAGAAUUCGA